AUGGCUCAAACCCCCUAUGACGAUGUCAGCACAGAGUACGAAGGAGAAGAAGAGUACGAGGGCCAAGGACAAUCAAGCUCCAUGGAGGACGACGAGUGGGAGGAGGAGGAGGAGAGCGGGCACGGGGAGGAGGAGGAGGAGGAGGAGGAGGAGGAGGAGGAGGAGGAGGAGGGGAGCAACGAAGAGUCGGACCCCGGCAUAGACUCAGGUGUACAGGGUCCUGGCAACAGUUACCAGUUUACCGCUUCUCAGGUCGCCUACCUCAAGACUCGUCUCCCUCAAUACCGUGAAGGCACUUCGAAGAGGAGGGGUCAGUUGGUUUCCAAGUCGGCAAAAAACAUCAUCUCAGAAUUGUACGCGAUUACUGGGAAGAAGCAAUCUCAGGAGAAGAAGAAGCUCAUCACCCGGGCAGUGAAAAGUUGGUUUCGGGGGCGGGUUGACAACUCACAGGCAAAGGCCAAGAAGUCCGUCUGGGGUGGGCGAUACUACGGACAGCUUGUUUUCAAGCGAGAGAGAACUCGAAUUGUCCAGUACUUGGCAGACAUCAUUUCUCGUGGAGACCCCAUCCCCAACGACCUUCGAAGGCUCGUAGACCAUGAGGACGAGUUCUUGAGCGCCCAGUCACGCCAAGACAGCGAGGACGAGGACAACGAGGGCUUGUCGCAACCCCGAAAGCAGACACGGGAGGGAUUCACAAAGUUUCAGACAGCCGCGUCGAUGCUCUGGAGGGUAUUGACUUCGAGGGAAAAACAAGCGUACGAGGACAAAGCCAAGGCUUGGAGGGAAGGGACUCCCCCGCCGGAUCAGCAACGAAAGGCUGCCGAGAAGUUCGCGUCCAAGAGGUUGCUUCAGUUCUCUGAGGGGCUCCUCAAAGAAAUGAAUGCCCGAUUGCAUAUUCUCGUUGCGUUCGAAAACUCAAAAGGAAAACCAGUGGCAUUUGACUUCGAAUUGUCGGGGGGCAACGCGGGAGCUCGGGGGCAAGCCUUCCGCGACCUUUACGACGCCCAGCUGAAGGAGAUGGGUUUGCUUGAGCUAUGGAAGGAUUUCGCAGCUGAUGUAUUUUUGGAUCCACUGGAGCAGGAGGAGGAGGCUCGGGGGCGUCGCAUGGCCAAGAAAUCGCUGAUGAAUUUCAAGAGAAACGAGUUUAACGAACCAAUCAUCCCAUCCAUCAGGGAUAAGCCAGGGACCGAGAAGCGCUCGAUUUGGCUUACCAAUUUCUUGAGGUCAUACCUGACAAUUCAUUACAACAUCGCUAGAGGAGACCCUGGCGGGCGGACUCCUGUUCCCUGGAAAAGACUUGGUCUUAACGUUCGACGGUUCAUUUCAUCACGGUUCCUCCCAGACCAUUUGGCAGAACUACUCCAAGAGCCAAGUCUGAUGUCAUCCGGAGACAGGGAGAAGCUCUACAAGUUUUGGCGCAAGCGCCAAAAUAAUCCCGAGGUCGAAAAUGUGUUCGAGUUCAAGAGGUAUUGGGAUCGCAAGUCGAAGACAUACAAACCUCGACACAAUCGCAAACAGGCCUCUGCUAAUGGGCAACAUGACGACGACGAGCAGGAUGAACGGGACGACAUUGAGGAUUGGCGGCCUGAGGAUGUGCAGCCAGUGGCCCCAAACCCGCCUGCCAAGAAACGUAGUGCCAAGAAGAAGACGAAGAAACGAAAGGAGACGCGUACUGCUCGUGACAGUGAUGAGGAUAGCGGUUGGGAUAAUCUGGAUUCAGAUUGGGGUGCGUCCAAUCAAGCUGGAACGUCGCGAGGACCCUACCGUACAAGCCAGACUGCCGGUGCCGCUGAAGAAGAGCCCGGGCCAAACGCUGGGGAGGAUGCUGAAGACAGUCUGUGGGACGACGUUGACUCCGACUGGGGGAUCAACAAGGGAAACAAUCCUUCCACCUCAUCGCCAAGACGGAGGUCGUCAAUUUCAACCCCUCCACCUGAUGAAGAGGAGACUUCUGCCCAGCUGGUCCAGCAUGAGCAGGAUGAUGAACCCAAUAGACCGGUUACACCACCCGGCGGGAAUAAUCGUAGUAUAAACACUCGUGCGGUGGAUACGCGCCCAGAAGAUCGUGAAGGCCUGAGUGCCGUUGAGGAGUCAGAGGAAGAAGAAUCCGAUGAAUUGCCAGCCGUCUACCAGGAUCGCCCCUCGCGUAACAAGCGCCAAGCUCCAUUGGACCAAGUUGAGCAGGUGCCCUUGCGAAGAUCAACUCGACCACCCAAGACAAGAAGGAUGGUUGACUACAUUGACAUGGCCACACCCGUCACGCGCAGUCGGAGUGUUGAAGACUCUGGCAUGCGAAUCACAAGGUCAGCGGCCAAGAAAUCUGCAGGUACCUCGCGCGGCACUGCCUCAAAUGCAGCCAAGACUGGGCAGAAGCGGAAGUCGAGAGACGAUAAUAGUGGUGGGCCUGCUCCAAAGAAAAGGAGGGAGAAUACCGGAGCCUCAAAGGUGACGCCUGCUCGACGGUCUGCUGUUUCUCAAACGACCAACGCCAAGAACUCAAAUGCCAAGCCGAAAUCGCGUGCAAGACGGGGGUGA